AAGCUUUGCACCGCACCAGACGCAACCAGAGCGGACAGACGCGCGGGGCGACAGCAACCUGAUCCAACACAUGAGGGAAGUCGCGAAGGACAGGGACGCGGAGAGACAAGUGCGGGACCUGCAGAGAGCCGUUUUUUACCCAGAGAGUCUCAGAUUAAACUCGUAUUAUUUAAAAGAACCCUGCUAGUGUUAGAAUAACGCACGGAGCGCCUCUUCCGAAAAGGCGAAGCAGCUUUUACGCACAGACUUCAGAGGAUGAUGGUGUCUAGCUGUGACCAGAAAAGCUCUUAAUGUGAUCCUGGAGCGGGAGCCUAAACACUCACCUGUUUUCUUGAUUUUUAUGGAAAAAGGGAUGCACCAACCACUUUGGCACACUUUGAGGACCACCAUGCUUGGAUGGGAAUGCUAACGGAGUCCCUCGUGAGCUGAUUUUGGAUACAACCAGCGGAGAGACCGAAGGACCGUGUGUCAUUCAGCGUGCGUUGCGCACUGCUCUCACCUUUGAUAUAAACCUGACGGAGUCAGACCAGACGUCUGUCCUGCGCGUGAGUCACCGUGAGCAAACAUUUGGACAAGCAGCGCUCACUGGCACUGACAGAUCAGGAUAUUUAAAGGGUGCGCGCUUUGCGCCAGCCACCGGCACACGACACCGGGACGCGAGGCUCGGUGCAGCUGUGGUGGGAUUGGACUCAGGGGUACUAAAUGCCCAGCCGGUCGCUUGCGGCUCCUCGGGCUGGGCAGAAACAUGAGGUCCUGGAUCCUGAUGCUGCUGCUGGCUGCGCUUUUAACGAUCCGUCUGCAGCUCGGAAACGCUGAGGGGGAUCCACUCCCUCCAUCACUGGUCGACCUGGUGAGGAAUUCUCCUGUCUCCUCUGUGGACGACCUAAAGAUACUGCUGCAGCAGGAGACAAACGCAAUAGAAGAUGAAGAGGAUGAGCACGAUACUCUUCCAAACUAUACCCCCGGUCGACAUACUAGAAGUAUCGUGGAUGCAGAACCAGCCAAGAAGGCAGAAUGUACAGUUCGAACGGAAGUGAUGGAAAUAACGAGAUCCAUGCUGGACCGCCGCAGUGUCAACUUCAUACCUUGGCCACCCUGUGUGGAGGUGCAGCGUUGUUCAGGCUGCUGCAACAGCCGGUUCAUUAAGUGUGUCCCCUCAGUGACCUCCAGCAGAUACCUGCAGGUAUUAAAGAUCAUGUACAAAGAGGGAAAAUCCCAGUAUGAGACCGUCGUCAUCACAGUGGAGGAUCACGUCAGAUGUAUGUGCAAGCAUCCUUCGUCUGCUUCCUCUUCGACAGUCUCCAUCCCUCACUCGACCAGUCAGAGCAACCCUAAUCCUCUUCCACCUCCACCACAAAAGCCUCCCCUAUCCCCCCAUAUUCCUGUGACCCCUCCCCGGCCCGCUCACCCAACUUCACCUAAGACUCACGCGUCCAAAGCGGAUCUCCAUCGCCACGACGACCUCAAGCACAACCAACAGCAUCGCCUUUUGCAGGAGCAAGAGCCGGUGGCGAGGCAGUGGCAGCAGGGAGGUUACACUCAGCUGGUGCGCUGGACGCAGCCUAGAGUAAAUCAACCCCCAACACAUGUGCAGACAGGAGUGCACCAGACAGUGACAGGGAUGAUUGGGUCAGUCAGCAUCUGGCCAUCUGAAGCACGAGCAGAGCCCAGCAUGCCGCAAGCUGGGCACGGGAGCGGCUACGACAGGAGCCGCGAGGAGAGUAGUGUGCACAUAUCAAACGGUGGUGGGGAGGUGCAUGCUGACCAUGAACAGAGGCAGCAACAGCUCUUACAGCACCAGCAGAGGCUGCGGCAUCAGCACCACCAUCAGUAUCAUCAACAGUUUCGGUAUCCACAGCAGUACAACCAGAGAGGAGCGGAGGGUCACGAGCUGAGGAGACAAUAUUGGCUCAAUUCUCCUCAGUCAGACAGCGCUUCUUCACCUGCCAGCUUUACCCAGCUUCCCAGAUUUGAAGAAAACUCCACUCCUCUGCUGUCUGCGAUUCAGAAAGACUCAGAGACCACACAGGGCACUGAUAAACAGACAGAGACUGAAAAAGAAACCCUGAACAAGGGGAAUAACGGGGAGGAAAGUGGGUCAACGGUUAGCGGUGACUCAGCUGGGUCAGAGCUAGCCAGUCAGAGGGAGGGGAAAGACUGUAAUAGAAGUGGGGAGGAAGGUCAUUUAACUGAAGGAGAGAGAAGACAGAAGAUUGGAGAUGGAGCUCUGGAGAUGGGACAGAGUGAACCUGAUAAACCAUCUCUCCUUCAUCCUCCGCAGAGGCCAAAGGCAGGCCUAGUCAAAACAGGAUCCUCUACUGCAGCUCCCAGGUCAGCUUCAGUUCAUCAGACACCUUUCCGACCGGCUUCGCCUCCCCGCAGGAGGAGACCCCGUAAACGCAUGAGCAAACGUGCAAUGAGAGCUAAGCUGCAGAAGGAAAUGGUAUAGCAGACUGAUGUAACUGACACAACACUCCGAGGUGAAAUGGAGACAGUAGAAGGGUUUCUCUGGAGGUCAGACUUACAGACCAGCUGUUUCCAAAGGACACCUUCACAGAAAGUCACCUUUCUGGCUCCAGAGAUGCUACGAAGCAGCCAUUGCUCUGGAUUUAUUAAGUGCAAUCUUGUGAUCUCCUUCAGAUUGAAGGAAAUUUGUCACACUAAACACUGGAUCUUACACGUGGUGUUUGUUUGAACUACAAACCGCAUCAAGGAGGAAUUAAUGGAGGCCUAUCUGUAGCUGAGAAGAUGAUGGACGAAUGGCAGCCAUUGAUUGGCUGCCUAAAAAUGAUCAUUCUCUAAAUGACAGGCUUUGAAUCCAUGAUUUGAUGCCAAAUGUGGAGCAAAGUGAAUCGGAUUCCUACACUGGAAAAAAAAACUGGAAACCGCAGUGUUGCCCUCAAUGCCAAAAUAUUACUGUACUGUUGUCCUGUUGUCUAAAUCUAACAUCCUUUAACACUGGAGUAACUGCACACUGAUCAUACUACGAUGACUAGAGAUGUGUUCUUCUAUGUACUGUAGCUAUUUGUACUGGAAAAUAUCAAUAAACUGCUCAUUCUUUACUACUGACAGAUCAAAAAUGAAAAGCUAGAAUAACAGCUAAAUGCCUGCUUUGAUAAACAUGCUAUGGAUAUCCACACGUCUUAAAGACCUGUGAGCCAGUCACAUCUAAUUUAACAUUAGCUAUGGCUGGCUCACAAAAGCAUUCGCGUUUGCUAAUUUAGCAUUAGUCUGGCUCAAAAGAGCAUUAGCGUUUGCUAAUUUAGCAUUAUCUAUGGCUGGCUCACAAAAGCAUUAGCGUUUGCUAAUUUAGCAUUAGCCAUGGCUGGCUCACAAGAGCAUUAGCUAAAUUAGCAAUAGCUAUGGCUGUCUGCCGAGAGCCAGCAAUACUAGCUAAUGCUAGCUGGUAAACAAAUGUCUUUUAAAAAAUAAUUUCCAGAGGAAAAAUUUUAAAAAAGUUGAUUUCUUAACUUAUUAAAAAUAAGAAGUUCUCUAGCUCUCAAGUGUAAUUAUUGUUGCAAAUAUGUAAGAUUAUAAUAUUUGGUUGUACAACUGUUACUGUAAUGAAUGUUAUUUUUAAUAUAAAAUUAAAAUGUUGAAGGAAAA